CUGCCAUGUAAGAGCUGCGGGGCGGGACCGGGGGCCGAACAGCACCCCGAGCCGGGAGCGGCGCCGAGCUGCGCUCCGUCCUCUCGGUGCCGCCGUCGCUCCGGGUAUGGGUGCGGAGCGGGGUGGCGGAGCGGAGCUGCCGUGCGGCUCUGAGCGCACGUGGGGGCGGCCCCCGGGGGGCUCCCGGUCCAUGGCCUUCAUGAUGAUAAAGAAGAAGAAGUUCAAGUUCCGCGUAGAGUUGGAGCUGGACGAGCUCUCCUCCGUGCCGUUCGUUAACGGCAUCCUCUUCUGCAAGGUGCGGCUGCUGGACGGCGGCAGCUUCAGCGGGGAGUCCUCCCGGGAGGUGGUGCAGGCGAACUGUGUCCGCUGGAAGAAAAAAUUCAUAUUUAUGUGCAAGAUCAGUGCCAAUGCCACAACAGGGGUUCUGGAUACUUGUAUCUGCAGAGUGUCAGUGAGGAAGGAGUUAAAAGGAGGAAAGGCAUAUGCAAAGCUGGGCUUUGCAGAUCUAAAUCUAGCGGAGUUUGCUGGAUCAGGAAAUACCACUCGUCGCUGUUUAUUAGAAGGUUAUGAUACAAAAAAUACAAGACAAGAUAACUCCAUUCUCAAAGUGUUGAUCAACAUGCAGCUCAUGUCUGGAGACCCGUGUUUUAAAAUGCCUCCUUCCACAGCAACGUCUAUAGCAAUUGCGGGAGAAUCAGAAUCUCUGCAUGAAGACAGAAAAGGCAGAGAAGACUUAAAAGCAGUACAACUGGGUAUAGCAGAUGCUUCAUCAAAGAGCGCCUCUGUCCCUGAUGAAAUCGGUGCAUGCGGACAUUCCAGAACAUCAAGCUAUGCAAGUCAGCAGUCAAAACUGUCAGCAGGAUACAGCACAUGUCACUCUAGAUCAGCUAGUCUGUCUGAACUCUGCCACAGGAGAAACACCUCAGUGGGUAGUACCUCAACAGGAACUGGAAGUAUUCUAGAACCCUGUAAAGAGACUGAGCCAAAAGUAACUAGCACUGAUACAUCAUCAGAUGCAUCAUCAGAAAAACUGUGCAGGUAUCCUGUAAAGCAAGACUCUGUGGAAUCACAGCUCAAGAGGGUUGAUGCUACCAGAGUUGAUGCUGACGAUGUAGUUGAAAAAAUACUCCAGAGUCAAGACUUCAGUUUAGACUCAAGUGCAGAAGAAGAAGGUUUAAGGUUAUUUGUGGGUCCUGGUGGAAGCACUUCUUUUGGAAGCCAUCAUCUACCUAACAGAGUAGGAUCUGGAGCAUAUGAACAGGUGGUGAUUAAACGCUAGCCUAGAAUGACUUGAUCAGAAGAGGAAAACAGAACUCUAGCAGUAACGUUCUGAUUCACAUUUCUUCAAUUGCAAGAGUUGUGAAAGCCAAGAUGAACUUUGUAUCAACUUGUUCUGGGAAAAGAAAUGGAAUGCCUCUUGGUCAGUGAGCUUUAUUUUUUUAUGAUAUCAAGGCAAUUUCUAGAUGUCUACAUGUUGUGCAAGUACUUGGACUUUUUAUAAGCUGUACCUGAUGUUUAAGUGAAUUACUUUUAAGUUGUUCCAAAAAAUUUUAGAAGCAUGAUUAAGUGGGUCCUAUUUCAAUGUUUUAUGUAGCAGGUCACAUGUAGUUAUGUGCCCUGCAGCUUCCUUUGUAAACAAGCUUCAAGAAGUCACAAAUGAGCCUAUAUAAAUGAAUUGAGACUCAGAUUGAUCCUACCUGCCAUGAAAGCCUUAGAAAAGUUACCUUCUUCUAUCAAGUCCAAGUUAGUAUCACAGGAAGGUUAUGGCUUCCUCAGAGCUCUGUUUUAAACAGCUGAAUUUUUUUCUUAAGAAUACUGAACAUAACUUCAUCUUAAUAUUGAAGAGUGGAGGUGAAAUUCACAUGUGUUAAAAAAGCCUCUGUAGAUGUACAUCAAUCAGAAAUAGGUUGUGCUAAUUGUAAUUGAUAUCUAGAUGUUUAUGUGUAUCAAAUACACUGUAAAAGUGACAAAAAAAAAAAAAAAGUAGGAUAUAUCAAAAUACCAAUGCAUAGCAGUUGCUAUCAAGAAUGCUUCUUGUUUCCCUUAGGAUUGUUAAGGAUGGAGUUCAGAAGUCCCUUACACAGAAACUUGCUUCUGUGCACAAACCUAGAGAUUCAGUGGGAUGGUACCAGUUACAAGCCUCAUCAGUGGUUUACUACCACUUCCAACUUUUUAUUGUAGCUUAACCCUCCUCAGUGCUUUUCUAGUGUUUUGAAGGUGCCUUGAGGGGUAGGGAAAGUACAGAGAUAUCAAACUAUUUACUAAAUAAUUUAGACUUUAAAACUAAGUAAACAUCUAAACUAUUACCAGUAUAACUUUUCAAGAUAAGCACUUUAUUGUAGACAUAUUCUACGCCAUUAAAGUAAUUACUGUGCAACACAUUUGCCUUUUCAUGUUGAACGCUUAUUACUUCACUAUCUGUCCACUGUUAUGUUAAGGACAAUGUACUGUACUUAAAUCUGUGCUAAUAGUGAUUUACCUGCCAGAUAAGAUGAAUGAAGAAAGAAAAUGAUUAAAAUUUUCACAAAGAACUACAGAAGGAUCCAUGUUUCUAAUGAUGUAGUUCCAAUGGCAUAUUUGCAGUUUGGGCUCAGAUCUGCUGUAUUCUUACUGAAAACUGCAGGUAAUUUGUAUUUUGCUACGACUGAUUGUAUUAUUUAUCUGUAAGACUUAAAGCAUACAAAUAGCGUGGCCAUUUUUAGAAAGCCCUGAAUGUUUUAAAUUAAUCUCAAACUGAUGUUUGAUAUCUUUUCAUUGAAGUGUGUCGGCCUUAUUUAAUUGGUACAAUUAGGGAAAAUCAGACUUAGUUUUCCAUACAUACAUAGUUGUUAUUAAACUUGUUUGUUUUGAAUGUAGUUUCAGAGUUUGAAGCUUGAGUAGUAGUGUUACUGAACAAGAUGAAUGAGUUAUUUCUCUAUUAUGGUACUUAAACACUGCUUUCCUACUGUAAACUAUAAUCUAAACAUUUUAAUGGGUAAAAAGAAUGCAAAUAUAUUUUAGCUGCUCUAAGUGUGAUAUAAUCUAAAAUUUCAUUGGAGAAAUGAACAAACAAUAUGUAACUGCUAGUAUUCUGUCUCUCAGAACCGGACAGUUUCCUAAUUUAUGCAACAAACUGCCACAAGCUACUGCAAGCCAGAAGAUGCGUGGAAAUUGCAUUGUGUUGCUUUCAGUGCUCCCAAAUACUGCUACACUUUUUUUACAAGUCUAGUAGAACCAGUAUAAGUUUGAUCUUAGUUUACUAGGAAAAGUAGGCACAGCUGGAAGGAAUGUAUAAACACUGUACAGCUACGUAUGUCAUUGUGAAGGGGAAUUUCCAUAGCCCAGAUUGGUAUUCUAUGUUAAAAUCCACAGCUAACUGUCAUAGAUAAAAUAUUUGUGUACUAGAAACCAGAAAAGCAGAUUUUUAUAAAUAGGAGAAAGUUUUACAUGGAAAUUGAGCUUUAAAUAAAGCUGUGUUCUGGCAUUUUAUUGUUCAUCUUCAGCCUACAAUUCUUUACCAACUAAUUCUAUACUUGUGCAUAUUUUAGAUGGAACAUAACCUCAAUACUUAAAUAUUUUUUCUUUUUUGUAAACUAUGCUGUAAGACUAUUGGAUGCACAUGUUGUAAAGUGUUUGGGAUAUAUUUACUAGCUUUAUUUAAUGCCAAUGUCUCAGACGUACAAUAAACUGAUGUUGGAAAGAA